ACAAACCAGUUCCAGGUGAAACAGUUAAAAUUAAGGAAGAUGUGAAAACAUCUGAUUAACAGGAACCGUCUAGGUGUCGGUGCUGAUGAGUCUCUAAAAUGGUCUAAGUAAACCAGCAGAAACCACUGCACCUGGACCUGUUGAGAAAAACAGGCCUGAGACAGGGAGAAGUCCAUGUUUAUGACCGUUCAGCCAGUCAACAUCCGAGGGAAGGACAUUGAGGUGGUGCACACUUAUAAAUACCUAGGUGUGCACCUGGACAGUAAACUGGACUGGUCCCUGAACACAGAUGCCAUCUACCGGAAGGGGCAGAGACGGCUCUUUUUCGUCAUGAAGUGCUACUCUUUCAUGCUGCAGUCUGCUGGGGCAGCAGCAUGUCCGAGAUGAACUCAAAGAGACUGGACAAGCUGGUCAAAGAGGCUGGGUCUGUGCUGCAGGAGUCUGGACUCACUCAGCACUGUUGUGGAGAGACGCAUGUAAUGUAAGAUGGAGGCCAUCUUGGAAAAUACCAACAUCCUCUCCACAACAUUCUGGCAGGACAGAGAAGCAGCUGCAGCAAACGUCUCAUCUCAGUGCACUGCAGAACAGAGAGGUUCAGGAGAUCCUUUGUUACCACUGCCAUCAGGCUAUACAACACCUCGGCCAAAGGAAGUGGACUAAUCUAAUUAUUAUUGUUUAUUUAUCAUUAACAGUUUUUAUUAUUAUUAUUAUUAUUAUUAUCAUAAACAAUGAGCUAAUGGAUACAUGAAUUUCCCCUAGGGAAUAAAUAAAGUAUCUAUCUAUCUAUCUAUCUAUCUAUCUAUCAAUAAUGGAUCACAUGAUUGUUAAUAUUAUUCUCUCUUUACAUGUGUUUUGGUCAGUUAUGUUUUCUACAAACAUAAAACACUACAUGAUCGUUAUGUAGACAAACUAACAUGGAUAAUGUUCUUUACAAUUAUGUUUUUAUUUUAGUUUGAGUCAAACAAGUCAGUGAUGAGCUCCUCACUGUGUCGGUCCUAACUGUUUAAAACCACUUCAUAUGAUUUGCGCGGAGAUAUGUGGUUUUGACAGGAUGGAGACAGUUUAAUAAUCCAAUAGUAAGUUGAGAGAAGGACAGUAAAACACGGAACAAGGACUUUACACGGUGACACGUUGUAUCAUGGUCUUUUAAUUUGAAAACCUGGAAGCGGACAUGGGUGUGUCGUGUUUAAAUUAGUGCCUCCAAACAGUAGCUGUUAGCCUGUUAGCCCAUGAAUGUUACGUCUUUCUGUGGCUGAGUUUUGGAUAAAAUGCCUCGGGUCGGAGCUGAGGAGGAGCUGCGAACUCUGGCGGAGUGUCAAUACAGUUAUCCAGCAGAGACUCUGUCUGAUCUUCAGAGGGUUCGAUCACUUUUCUCUGAUCUUCGUCUCUAUGUAGAUUUUUACUGUUUUCCUAGCAAAGAGAAGAAGAAGUUGGUUUACCUGGCCGGAACAGUUCCUGUUCACUAUGAAGGAAGUGAGUAUAAUAUCCCAGUAUGCAUCUGGCUUCAUGAGACUCACCCCGUGUCCCGUCCUCGCUGUUAUGUCUGUCCAUCUGUCUCCAUGGUGAUAAACCCAUACUGUCCCUGUGUGGACCCCUCUGGCAACAUCAGUCUGGAUGGAUUGAAAAACUGGACCCAUGGUGUGUCCGACCUAUCACUGCUCGUGUCAGAGAUGAGGCGGGCCUUCCAGGUGGAUACACCCCUUUAUGCCAGGUGUCCUGUACAAACCCCGCCUCCUACUGGUGUUCAGGUGUCACAGUCAUUGACAGGUGGAAGGCCAGAGAGCCUCCAUCAUCCCUCCAUCACCUCCUCUUCCCUCACCUCCUUCUCUAUCACCUCCCCCCCACAGAGCUGUCGUCCCUCCUACCUGCCUGGACAGAAAGUCAACCAAUGGGAGCAUAGCAGGGAGGUGAGGGUGAGGAGGUCUUACACUGAGGAGCUCCUUGGAAUCGACUUCAAUGCUCCUCCUCCCUCCUCCUCCUCCAACCACAACAACCCCUUCCUGCGCUCCUCCUCCUCAGGUCCCCCUCCAGAGCCCCUCAACAGGAUGAUGGGAACUCUGAGACUGGACACAGAGUCUAAUAGAGGCCAGCAGGGUGAUUCAACUUUACGGAGCAUCCAAUCAGAAGCAGCUAGUGACAAACACAGAACAGGUUUUGGACCAGCACCUGGACUACGUCAGGAGCUGGAUACUCAAAGCCUGGGAGCAGACCACAUUAUGAUGGUGUCCCGUCUCCCUCCGGACCAGGCGACCAUGUUCCUGUCUCUGAUGAGGAUGAAGGGGCGGAGCUUCAGCCCCAGUGAUGUCAUGGAAGCAGUCCAGCUCAACAGAGAUCUCCCAUCAGCCCUAAGAUUUCUGACUCACAGCUGCCCCAUCUGUCAAGACCAGGUGACCUUCAGCAAGAUCAUCACCAUGACUCACUGCUCCUGCUUCCUGUGUCAAACGUGUUUUAAGACGUUUUUCUCUGCAGCCAUUAAAGAGCGAAGCAUCGAUCAGCUGGUUUGUCCUCAGUGUGGCAGACCUGAGGUCAGAGGUCAGGGGGGGAUGGAGGAGUCCAUGGACUACUUCAACCUGCUGGACACUCAGAUCCGUCACUUCCUGCCUCCUCAGGUCCAUGAACUCUUCCAAAGGAAACUCAGGGAUCGAGCUCUGCAGGAGAUGCCGAACUUCUGCUGGUGUGCUCAUUGUUCAUUCGGCAUGCUUCAUGAGGCUGACCGGUUGAGGAUGGACUGUCCCAGCUGUAAGAAGAGUACCUGCUCUCAGUGCAGGUCACCUUGGUCAACUCAGCAUCAGGGUCUGUCCUGUGACCAGUUCAGAGUCUGGCAGCAGCAGAACCAGCUGGACCACCACACCUCCACCCUGCUCAGCUACAACAGCAUCGAGUGUCCAAACUGUCAGUUCAUCUUCAGUCUGUCCAAAGGAGGCUGUCUUCACUUCACCUGCAGUCAGUGUCAGCAUCAGUUCUGUGGAGGCUGCAGCCAGACCUUCACCCUGGGAGCUGCCUGUGGUUUCUCUGCCGACUGUGGAACCAAAGGUCUUCACGCCCACCACCCCAGAGACUGCCUGUAUCACCUGAGAGACUGGAGCGUGACACGCCUACACCUGCUGCUACAGUAUUACAGAGUGUCUCCUUCCUGGUUGGAACCAGCCAAUGGCAGCUUACCUGACACCAGUCUGACAGGAGUAUGUUUGGUUUUGGAGCUGAGAGAUGAUGGCAGCAGACGGGAGGAGCCCUGUGGUCAACCUGCACUACCUGAAUACAGAGGAUACUGCCAGUUGCACUAUAAGGAGCGCUUGGUGGAGCUGAUCAAUCGUUGCCGUGCUGACCCGGCAGUCCUUUUCAGUCUGACGGAGAUAAUGGCAGAACUUCAGCGUUGGCAUGUCGCCAUGCCAACCAGGAAACCAGACGAACCAGAGCCGCUGUACGCCCAACGACUCCGCCUGACUCUUACCAAUAGAGUUCCUCUCAGGAAGCAGCGACGCUCUCCACUCAAACUCAACAACGAUCUCUGUCCUCUGACCCCUGCUAUGGCUGCUGGAGCUCCGCCCCCUCACCUGCUGCUGACAGACUGACUCUGCCCACCCCAGAUACAGCAGCCAAUCAGAUGGCAGUGCUCUGUCAUCACAGUAACCACUGAUUUUUAUUUAAACAGAGACAUUAGGAGACCAAGUUUACAUCUGACCAUGCCCCCUUCACGUCACUGAAAGGAGUGUCUAAAAAUCUACCUGUCUGCUUCAGCUGCUGGCUUCAGACUGGCUCAGUGGUUUCCAAGGAAACCAAAUAAAAGGGACUAAAGAAACUGUUGUUCACUUUAACGACCUGAGUGUUAAGUAUUUUUAGACACUGUUCUUAUGAGCUAACAAUGCUAACGAGACUCUUCUCUAUAUUCUAGGAUCCACGUUUAUUUCAGUCAGCUUGGGCACCAGUUGGCACCAGUUAGCACUUGUGUUAAGUUAGCGUGUGUUAAUUUAGAUUAGGAUAUCAGUCUUGACUGUGAUGGCCAUUGAGCCCUUAACCCUGUGUUUUAGUUCUUCCUGCACUUUAACUGUUUGAAUAAAUAUAAUAAAUGAAUAUUGUCUUAAGUUCUAA